AUGAGUUUUCACUCAAACUAUUAAUCCAUUUAAGUAAAUAAAGAUCGUAUUGAUACUUAAAGAGAAUUAGAUCGCUAGUUUACUAAAGGUAUAAUUAAAAAAAAUAGUAUGGCUUCAAGAACAAAAAGUAUAGGAUAAAGAAUUUUAAAUUUUGUUAGCAAAUAAAUUUCAGUUGAUUAUUAAGAGAGAUUAGUAUUAAAAAGUAUGUAAGCAUAAAAUGUAAAUGCUAAGAAGUUUAUUGAAAUUUUAUUAAAUAGAAAACACAACCUAAAAAAUUUAAACCAUAAACAUUUAACAAUUAUUAAUGAUAGUUCAUUAGGAAGUAUUGAUAAAAUAUCAACAUAAUCAACUUUUAAGAUUUUCAUAGACAGACUAUUAAAAAAAAGACUUCUAAGUAUUUUUAAACCUUUUAUUGAAUGUUUAACUCAUUACAUUAUGGCUAUCCCAAUAGUAUAUCCAGAAAAUAGAAGGAUUAUAAUUUGGGAUGUCAUAGCAAUAAUAUCAAAAUUAUAUUUCUUAUAUUUAAUACCUUUAGAAUUGGCUUGGACUGAUUAAUCUCUUUUGUUUAAUAGGUAUUACACUUCAACUAUAAUUAUGCUAAUUAUUUUAUUUAUUGAUUUUUUAAUUGGAUUAAAUACUGCAUAUUAUAAUGCAGGAUCACUUAUUACUGAUAGAGCAUAAAUAUUUAAACAUUAAAUAAUAAAAUCUUAUGGUUUCGAAUGGAUAUCUACUUUAUUAUUAGCUACACUUUUUAUAACAUUUAAAUCUAUUGAAAUUACAACAAUUAAUGUGACUUAAAAUCCAAGUUAUUUAGUUUUAUUGACAGUAUUAUCACAUUAAAUAAGUGUACAUUAUAAAGCUAGUGAAUAUGAAUAAGCUUUAAAUUUAUCAAAGAAGGUAUCAAGUUGCAUUGAAUUAUUAAAAUUUUUAUUAUUACUAUUUUAUGUCAUUCAUUUAUUUUCAUGCUUAUGGUUUUGGGUACAAAUAAUUUUUAAAUUAGGUUGGCAAUUAUAGUAGAGAGAAAAAUGAUUAGAAUUGGUUAGAUUCUCUAAAAGAUGUUCCCAUAAUGGAUUGGACAGAUGAGUAUUUAUAAUCAUUUUAUUAUACUUGUGUAACUAUGUUUACAAUAGGAUAUGGUGAUAUAUCACCUAAAAGUGGAUUAGAAAAAUCAACAUGUAUUUUUCUUAUUUUGGUCUCAAGUAUUCAAUUACCAUAUUCAAUAAAUACUGUUGGUUCAAUAAUUGAAAAAAUAACUGAUUAUGGAGAAGAUACGAAAAAUAAAUUAAGAACUAUUAAUAGUUAUAUGAAUAAAAAGUAAGUGCCAUAUUAUUUGUAAAAUCAAAUUCGAUAAUAUUUAAAUCAUUAUUGGCAAUCUAUACAAGGAUAAGAUACAGAAGAAGAAAAAGUAAUAAUAUCUCAGUUGUCUGAAAGUCUAAGAGAGUAAUUAAUAAUAUAAGCCAAUAGUUAAAUAUUUGCUAAGGUUACUUUAUUAUAAUAAAACUUUAGCAUUUAAUUCUAAUAAAACUUAUUGAAAAAAGUUUUUUCUUUAUAACUUUAGCCAGAAUAAAUUAUAGAUUUAGAUAAUAAUAAUAUUUAAUUUUAUUUUGUUGAUGAUGGAGAAAUUGAUGUAUUAAUGGAAUCAGGAUAAAUAUUAAAAAAAGCAAAAAAAGAUGAUAUCUUUGGUUUAAGAAAUUUAUUUGUUGGAAAUAUUAUAUAGAAUAAGAAACUUAAAAGUGUUGGAUUCACUAAAUUAUUAGUUUUGUCUAGAAAUGAUUUUAUACAGGAACUCAAAGAUUUUCCAAAUGAUUAUGAAAAGUUUUGCCAUAUUAAAGAUGAUUUAAUUUACAAUUACAGAUCUUCUUAUAUUCACAAACAAUGUGAAUCAUGUUUAUCUUCGGAACAUGAAAUCAACAAUUGCCCUAUGCUUCAUUUUAUUCCACAAAAAGAUCUUAUUAUAAAGAGGUGUUAAUAUGCCUUAUUAUAAAAAAGAAAAGUAUUUUGUAGAAGACCCUUUAAAUCAUAAAGAUUAUAAACUGAUUAGAUUGAUAGUUUAGAUUUUAAUGAAAUCAAAUAAUCAUUUCUUAAAAAAUACUACCUACCUUAGUAAUAAUAAUUAACAACAAAUAAUAUAAAUACAAUGUCAUUCUAAAAUGGAAUACCAGAAGAUUUUCGAGAAUCUAGAGAGUCAAAAGAAUCAAAAAUUGAAUAUUAAUCAACUUCUGUAGCUAAAGUAAGUUUAAAAAGAGAUUCAUUAUUAGCUUUAUCAUAUAUUCCAGGUGAUCAUAUUGAAUAAAUUAAAAGAAGCAUAAAUAAUCAUAAUUAAGUCAGACUAAAUAAAACAAUCAACAGUAAACAACUCGAUUAUCAAUUAGAUGGAAUGGGAUUAUAAAAAUAAAAUAGUUUAGCUUCAAGAAGAUAAUCAUAAGGAUUAAAUAUUUUGAAUAUGUAUUAAUAAGGAUUAAAUAAUUAAAAUAAUAAUAAUCAUUUUAAAUAAAAUUAUACUUAAGAACUUUUAUCAACCAAUUACUAUGAAAUUAAUAUAGAUGAAGAAUUAAAAUAAAGGUAUGAAUAUAUAAAAUCAAUUAAAAAUAUGAAUCUAAAUGAUAAGGAAUCUAUUGAAUUAUUAUAUUUUAAAUUGUAAAAUCAAUAAAAAUAUAUCAAAAAAGGUUUAACAGAAUUUGAGGUUAGUAAGAAUUUUCAUGAUUAUUAUCCUCAACACAAUGUUGAAAAAUAAAUAAAUAGAAUAAAUCAUAGCUCAAAUUUUAAACUUUAGGAAUUAAUUAAAAAAUUUAUUUCUUAUUUACAAUAUCCAGCUGAAUUUAUCAAAACUUAUCAUUUGUUACAUUCUCAAAAGAUUGAUACCAACAAAAUAAUUUAGUAAGAAAAUAUUUGA